UGGUUUAGAGUGGGUGGCCAAUGAGGAGCGGGUUGGGCAGUGGCGGCCUGUCAGUGAGCGGAGACAGAGAGAGUCACUCAGUCAGACUCGGAUGCAGCAGCGACUGAAUCCGCACCCAUGGCCGGGCUGUCGGCGGCGCACGGAGAGUCGGCACUCAACCUUCAAGAGAAGGAACUCACCGAGCGCUUCAAGCGGCUCUACCCCGCUGUCAACGAGCAGGAGACGCCGCUGCCGAGAUGCUGGAGCCCAAAGGAUAAGUACAGCUACAUCGGCCUGUCUCAGAACAACCUGCGGGUCCAUUAUAAAGGUCAUGGUAAAACACCAAAAGAUGCGGCUUCAGUUCGAGCAAUGUAUCCUAUACCUGCUGCUUGUGGGAUUUACUACUUUGAGGUGAAGAUAGUCAGUAAAGGACGAGAUGGGUACAUGGGCAUUGGCCUUUCUGCUCAAGGUGUCAACAUGAACAGAUUGCCAGGUUACUUGUGCUCCCUUGGAAUCUUCAGGAACCAUUCCGUUAUUUGUGGAAUUUUGGAAAAUGACUGCUAA